GAAAAGAUAGCCCAUUUUUGUAACAAUUUCGUAAACAAUGUAAAGUGUCCACAUACGUGGCCAAGAGCGUGAAGAGGUUAAAGUGUGUUAACAAACGACAAUGGAAGUGUUUGAUCCGGUGAAGGUGCUCCUGAUCGUAACAUUGCUGCGUCCAUGGGUCGACGACGUGUUUUCAAUGGUGGCUGACCAGCAGGAUCGAGCAAGGAACGUUUCUGAGAGAUUCACAUCUACCACUACCUUGACAGUAAACAUUAGGGACGAUGAUGACCAAGAUCCUUCCUUCAUCUACCAAGGUUGUAUGCUGUUGGAUGGCGCUUGUAUUAAUCCUGAAUACUCAGCAUCGGUAUCGAGCGGAGUGUUAUCCGGGAUACUCAAUAUAUCGCCGGAGAAAAUACAGGCCGUCGAUAUGGACAGCAUAAACGCGCCUAUAUAUUACUCGUUCCUCAGUGGCAGCCCAUCGAAUUAUCGAGACUUUUUCGAAAUAAAUCCAAACACUGGCGCCGUGAAGCAAAUCAAGGCGGUUGACACGACGGUCACGAAGAAGUUCGAUAUCAUUAUUAAGGCCGUCGAGGUGUCCGAAGCGAAACGAUCAGCCACAGCCAAACUGACCAUCACGGUAAAGCCGGUGGACAGUAAUCCUCCAAUUAUAACAGCAUCAAACGUGGAAGGUUUCGUCGACGAGAACGCUCCGAUCGGUACGAAGGUUAUCGACAAAAAUGGCGACCCUAUAGUCCUCACUGUCUCGGACGCCGAUUUGGGACCAGAAGAUCCAAAACCAACGUACACGUUCGAGCUAACAACCAAUUUCUUCGCGAUCGAUCCCACCGGUAUUUUAAUCGUAAACGAAGAGAAUCUGGACCGGGAUCCUCCGAGUCCUGGCCGUUUCCGGUUUCAAGUGGUGGCCAGGGAAAAAACGGGUGUCGCCGCUUCCGCGCCAUUAUCCUUCGUUGUGACACUGAACGACGUUAACGACAAUGCCCCUAUGCUUCCCAUGAUAACUCCUAUCACCGUUCAAGCCGGCGAAACAAAGAGAGUGGUGACAAAGGUGGAGGCGACCGACAACGACGAGGGAGAGAACGCCGAGAUAACGUACAGCAUUUAUCACGUGUCGAACAACGGAUUGCAUAAAUUUAAAAUCGACCCGAAAACCGGUGUCAUCGAGUCCGUAAGGAAGUUAAACGCCGGAGAACAGUUUAGUAUCACGGUUCAAGCGACGGACAAGGGUGGAAAAUAUUCGCAGACGAUCGUCGAGGUGAACGUUAUUCCAGGACCUAAUACAAGAAGCCCCGUCUUCCAGCAACCGGUGUACGAAGUGCAGGUCAGCGAGGGUGCCUCGAUUAAUUCCACCGUCGCUACAAUUACUGCAAUCGACCCCGAAAAUGAUCCAGUGUCCUACUCAAUCAUUUCUGGCAACGAUCUACGCCAAUUCGCAAUCGGUGAUAAAUCAGGUAUAAUCACUGUUAUAAGGAAACUGGACCGAGAAGAUUUAACCCGUUAUCAGCUGCUGAUAAAAGCCGAAGAUUCAGGUGGUCUCUCCAGCACGGCGACAGUAAAUAUCAAAGUGACUGACAUUAAUGACAAGAAUCCAGAAUUUGUGGAUUUGCCGUACGAAUUUACUGUAAAAGAGGGAGAGGCUCGGAAAUUGAUCGGUCGCGUCCAUGCUGAGGAUGCCGAUGAAGGAAUUAACGCAGAAAUCACAUAUUUCGCACCCGAUGAUAUACCCUUCACUGUGGACCCUGAAACUGGAGAUGUACUCACGAAGAUCGUCUUGGAUUACGAACAGAAUGAUGAAUACAAGUUUGUGGUAACUGCAAGAGAUGGUGCUCCAGAUUAUCGCUUAGCUACAGCUACCGUCACCGUGAAAGUUAUAGAUGUUGAAGACGAAGUUCCCGUUUUUCAUCAAAGCAGCUACGAAGCGCGAGUUAAGGAGAAUGUGCCGGAUUACACGGUUCUUCAAGUCACGGCUGAUGAUCCGGAUACAAAGAAGCAAAUCACAUACAUGAUCAAACAAGGGGACACCGAGCUAUUCAGCAUUGAUCCGAAGACUGGAGUGAUUAAAACUAUUCGUGGUUUGGAUUAUGAGAGGGAGAACCAACAUAUUCUUAUUAUUGGGACCGUUGAGAAUACUAGUGAUUUACCUGGUUCUACUACCAAGGUCGUAGUCAACGUUCAGGAUGUGAAUGAUAUUCCGCCAGUAUUCACAUCGGUUCCUCGUCCCAUUACCUUGGACGAUGACAUUCCCAUCAGUACGACAAUCAUCAAUCUUAGAGCAACAGACUCCGAUGGCACUGCUCCCGGAAAUCAGGUGAGAUACGAAAUCGUCGGUCGUGGAAUAGCGAACAAGUAUUUCGUGAUUGACCCAGAUACCGGUGUGCUUCGAAUUAAGGACGACUUGCGAAAGGAAACUGAUACCGAGUAUCAGGUCGACGUCCGUGCAUAUGACAUGGGCGAACCCCAACUGUCUUCACUCACGACAGUACCGAUCUACGUCCGCCAUGUUGCCACGGUGCCACCGGAAAUCGGCUUAGGCUUCGCAGAAAACUCGUACAACGUCGAUGUGCCCGAGGACGCAGGCGAUAACACGCUGAUCAAGAUAAUUACGGUCAUUAAUAGUCACGCACACGAUACCACGCCGUUAAAGUGCGAGAUUUACAGCGGCAAUGAGGACGAUUUAUUCGAAGCCAAUGUCACUGAAGAACGAAACUGCGCUUUGAGGCUGAAGAAAGGUGCCUUAGACUUUGAAACGACGGAGUCUUAUCAAGUGAAGAUCAAAUUGGAAUCUUUAUCUGGGCUUCUGAACUCUGGCAGGAAUACAACCAUGGUGAAGAUUCAGGUGCUCGACGUGAACGACAACAAGCCAGAGUUCAUCUUCCCCGAGAGUAACCAAAAACUGUCCCGAGGUCGUUAUUUCGCGGCGAUACCCCGAACAGCUCAAUUUACAUCAACGGUGAUCCAGGUAAAGGCCCACGACAAGGACAACGGAAAGUACGGGAAACUCGAGUACAAGAUCCUCGGUGGAAGAGGUUCAGAUUACUUCGCCAUGGACAGCUCCUCCGGCAUAAUUAGAACCACGGCGACGUUCGACAACGUGGAUCCUGCGGAACUUCCGUUCAAGUUCGACGUCCGCGUUCGUGACAAUCCUAAUUCGACCGACAACUUCAACUCGAUCGUGGCUCCGGUCAUAGUUAAUUUGAUCGGAGAAGAGAAUCUGAUGAUCCUGGUGGUUCAGGACGCGGCUCCAGAUGUUCUACAGAAGGAGGGACCCAAGAUCGCUAAUAUAAUCGAGGAGAAGAGCGGUCUAUUGAUCGGUAUUGAUAGAAUCGCUGUUAGGAAAAAUCUGACGAAAAAUGGCACUGUGGAGAUGUAUCCUCAGGACUCGGAUGUAUGGUUCUAUGCUGUGGAUCCUGAUACAGAAGCUAUUCUCGAUAGGAACAGCUCCAGAAUACAAAGAUCGAUCACGGAGAAACCAGCAAUGUCGAAUAUCACUUUCGAUGUGUCUACACUUGUUCGAGCGAACGCGAUCGACAUCCAUGCACCUGUGAUGCCAGCUGAACCAGUUCGCACGCAGACCGCCAUUGCGUUCAGCGGAGAAGUGUUCCCCUAUGCUUUGAUUAUUAUUGCCUGCGUCAUACUGAUCCUAGGGAUUGCUGGGAUUAUCUACAUUUGUGUAUCUUGGUCCAGAUACAAGGCGUACAAGGAACGAAUGCAGCGUAUGUACGUGGUGCCACGAUAUGAUCCCGUGUAUGUGGAACCUAAUUUGAAGCCUAAUUUGAAAGAGUAUGAGACGCAGGUGCUUCAAAUGAGCGUGCCCGUUGAUGACAAUGACAGCUACAACGAUCUUCAGCUUGAUUUCAGCAACAAAAAUCAUGCGUUCAGUCUGGACAAUGUCAGCUAUAUUACCAAAGAAAAUGGAGAAAGUACAGGUAAUUCAGAUUAUUUAUGUUUAUGUUUUGGAAGAAUUAGAACCAUAUUAUCGCAUUAUAGCAGGUGUAAUAGUAAAAGUUGCAUAGUUUGUUAUGAAGUAAUGUGAUAUGUUGUCAACAUGUGGAUAUGAGUAAAAGAAAAUGGAUUUAGGCAUGAUAGAGUAGGAUAAAAUAUAUCACACG